UCAUACAUAUCCUAAGCUAGCAAAACCAUGGAGUUCACUAACCUCGGAAAAUGUCUCUCUUUGGCCUUGAUCCUCGUUGUGUUUGGGGCCUGGUCCUCUGAAGCCACUUCUCGCACUCUCCAAGAUGCCUCAAUGUAUGGGAGAUUCGAGCUAUGGUUGGCUCGUUAUGGACGUGUCUACAAUGACAUUAACGAGAAGGAGAAGCGCUUCCAGAUAUUCAAGGAAACUGUAGCAUAUGUAGAAUCAUCCAACAAUGAUGCAAGCAAGCCUUACAAGUUAAGUGUCAAUCAAUUUGCAGACCUUUUGAAUGAAGAAUUUAUUGCCUCGAGAAAUCGAUUCAAGGGGCAUGAAUGUUCCACAAAGACCACUUCUUUCAAGUAUGAAAACGUUACUGUGCCAGCCACUGUGGACUGGAGACAGAAAGGAGCUGUAACCCCAGUCAAAGAUCAAGGCCAAUGUGGAUGCUGUUGGGCUUUCUCAGCUGUUGCAGCCAUGGAAGGAAUCACUCAGCUUACAUCCGGCAAACUGAUCUCUUUGUCCGAACAAGAGUUGGUCGACUGUGAUGUGAAUGGUGAAGACCAAGGCUGUGAGGGUGGCUUGAUGGACAAUGCCUUUGACUUCAUCAAUCAAAAUCACGGACUUAGUACUGAGGCUAAUUACCCCUACACCGGUGUCGAUGGUACAUGCAAUGCACAGAAGGAAGCAAGCCAUGCAGCAUCAAUAACUGGCCACGAAGAUGUGCCUGCAAAUAGUGAAAGCGCCCUUCUUAAGGCCGUUGCCGGUCAGCCUAUUUCUGUUGCCAUUGAUGCUAGUGGAUCUGAUUUCCAAUUCUAUUCUAGUGGUGUUUUCACUGGAACUUGUGGAACAAGCCUAGACCAUGGUGUUACUGCUGUUGGUUAUGGUGUUGGCGAUGAUGGGACUAAGUAUUGGCUGGUUAAGAACUCCUGGGGGGCACAAUGGGGUGAAGAAGGUUACAUAAGAAUGCAGAGAGAUAUUGAUGCACCAGAAGGUCUUUGUGGUAUUGCUAUGUUAGCCUCUUACCCCACUGCAUAAUUAAUAUAACUUACUGUAAAUCUGUAAUCAUUGCAUGCCUAGCUACUAUAAUUUCUAGGUUCAUUCAUACUAUGAUAUGUACAUGAACUUGCGCUUCAGAUACUCCAAAACCUACCAUAUCUGUAAGAAAACUUGAAAACUUAUCAUUACACGAAUGGAGAACCUCUUUCUGUCUA